AUGGUCCAGUGGAGAGGAAUAGCUUCAGGACAAGCUGACAAUUUUUUUCUUCGGAUAGGUCGUGGCGGUUUCCAGCAGUCCUUCGGCCCCCCCGAUCAAGUCUUCGAGAUGGGCUCUGUCAUGCACGCCUGCGAGGGUGAGAUGGUCUGCGAAUCCGUGAACCCCAAGAUUCCCUACUUCAACGCCCCGAUCUACCUCGAAAACAAGACUCCCAUUGGAAAGGUCGAUGAGGUUUUGGGUCCCAUCAACCAGGUGUACUUCACCGUUAAGCCCCAGGAGGGAAUUGUCGCAACCUCGUUCAAGCCCGGCGACAAAGUGUACAUCGGAGGCGACAAGCUCCUUCCCUUGGAGAAGUUCCUUCCCAAGCCCAAGCCCCCGCCGGGUGCGAAACCGAAGAGAGCCGGCGGUGCAGCCCGCGGUGGCAGAGGAGCCCCCCGAGGCCGUGGAGCUCCUCGUGGAGGCAGCCGCGGUGGCUUCUCCCGGGGAGGUGCCCGCGGCGGUAGCAGUUUCUCCAGAGGCGGCCGUGGCGGCAGCGGUGGAUUCUCCCGUGGUAGCAGCAGAGGAGGUCCUCGCGGAGGUUUCCGUGGACGCAACUAA